UUUCUCGCGUAUCAGUAGUGGUUUAUGUGAGGUGUCUGCUGCCCUCGGAAGUGAAAAAUAGUAAGACAAACAGCAAGGACAGCGAUAGCCAGGAACAAGAUAAUUAAAAAAAUAUAAUAUCUGCAUAGGCAGAACGAAAACACUCUCCUAAUACAGGAUAAGAAUAGUUUCAUACACAAUUCAAUAACUACAUUUUCUUUCUACGACUAGAAUUUCUGUUUGCCAUAUUUGGUCAAUUUGAGGAGCAGCUACAGGGCUGGGGUUAGCCACUUCGAAAGGAAGACUACAUUUUAUCAUCUUCCCUUCCUUUACGGAAGAGAAAAGCAAUAACCAGAUACAAGAUGAGGCCAGUUGUGCCCAAGGAUUGUAAUGAUUGAUCCUUGAUCCAAUGCCUUCAAAGUUUCUGCGUUGGACAGGCUACCGUGGACAAUGGCGCCUGCCAUUCCAGUAUUAUUCAGCCGUCCUUAUCUGACACUUCAGCCCUGCUGAAGUGUAGUGUCAGAGAAGGUGCGGUCAGUGAGAAUGGGUCAAGGUCCCUACCUGCCGUGAGAUUGGAGACUUUUUUUUGGCACUUUAAUCAAGAGACAGGGCUGAAGAUGGAGAAAGGGGUGGCUGAGAGCGAGAUGGAGGAAGAGACAUGGACUGUAGAGGCAGCUGAGGAGAGCCCUGAAGAGCUGCCCUCAGGUGUUCCUACCCUCUUGUCUUCCACCUCCAUGCCUGACCAGUGGGAAGUCAGAGGAGAUGAGGAAACUCAUCAACCAGUUCCCAAAGAGGACAUGACAGACUAUCUCAAAGCUACCCCUCAGGAUAUCCCGACUCCAAUCAACCAGGACUCAGAAGAAGCAGAGUAUUGUGGGAUUUCAGAGGCCAAAGAGGAUGAAGUCUCUCUGAAACAGGAAGGGGCGGAGCAUGUGGUCAGAGAAGGAAAUGAGGAGACUGAGGGUGGAGAUGAAGACGAGAAUGGAGGAGGCCGAAACGAAGUCGGGAGGGAGCCUGGCAUGAACGGGGAGUCUGGAUGGAAGAGCUCAGGGGCCGGAGGGAGGAAAAGCCGUUUCCGGAACAGCGGAGGAGGAGUGGUGGCAGCCUCCGAGCAGAAUACCCAGGCUACAUCAUCAUCCUACCUCCCGAAAGGGUCCCUGUCAUCGGGUGGUGGGAGGCACAAGCAGGCCCGGAGGCGCAACCACCACCACCACCAGGGCCGGGGCCGGCGUCAGACAGGCACCCAGCUUACCUUGGCCUUCAGGGAGCUGCUGUCAGAGUCGCUCAGCCCCUGGUGCAUCUCCUGUAUCCACAUGGUAGUGGAACUCAUUGUCUCUGUGACCCACCGCUGUGGGGUGGCCGUGGAAGCCGCAGGGGUAGCCCUGUAUGACCUCGGCUCACAGCUGCUCAACAAGGUCACAGACGUGCCGGGAAUGAAGGCGGACGCCCGGCGUGUGCUGGAGAGGGUGAGUUGCGCUGGAACGGUCUUGGUGGAUAAGAGCAUCCGGUCGGUGGAGUGGGUCUGGCAGGUCUCCCUGACCUGCUUCGGACUCCUCUGUGCUGUGGUGCUGCUGGGUUCCCAGUGGGUUCGGUUCACGCUCGUCCGGCUGGGCGGGGAGAGGGGCCAGCGGUGGUGGACAGCCAUGCAGGACUCCAAGGUCUGGAGAAGGGUGGCCUCGCUGGUGCAAAGGAUCAGCGGCUGGUUCAGGAGGAGGAGAGGCACCACCACCCAGGUGCCCCCUUUCACCCCAGAUUCUCCCGGUGGAGCAGUUAGGUACCAGCCUGGGCAGGAGCUGGAGAGACUGCUGGCGCUGGCUCAGGUCCCUGAAGAGGAGCUGGACCCUUUUAUAGUGUUGGGGGUGGAGGCCCACGCAACUGAAGCUGAGCUAAAAAGGGCCUACAGACAGUUGGCUGUCCAGAUCCAUCCAGACAAGAACAAGCACCCGCGCGCUGGGGAGGCCUUUAAGGUGCUCAGGGCUGCCUGGGACAUCGUCAGUAACCCAGAGACACGGAGGGAAUACGAGCUGAAGCGCAUGGCACAGACGGAACUCUCCAAGUCGAUGAAUGAGUUCCUCACCAAACUGCAGGAUGACCUGAAGGAAGCUAUGAACACCAUGAUGUGUACGAAGUGUGAGGGUAAACACAGGAGGUUUGAGAUGGACCGGGAGCCUGCUGAGGCGCGGUUCUGUGCAGAGUGUAACAGACGCCACAGCGCCGAGGAGGGAGACCUGUGGGCCGAGUCCAGCCUGCUAGGCCUACGCAUCACCUACUUCGCCUGCAUGGAUGGCAAAGUCUACGACAUCACAGAGUGGGCCGGCUGCCAGAGGAUAGGCAUCUCUCCAGACACACACCGCGUGCCCUAUCACAUCUCCUUCGGCUCCAAGAACAACAGUAGCUCCACGCAGCGCCACAGGACACCUCCAGGCCCAGAGCACCCUCCUCCAGGCCCGGCCAACCCCGCUGACCUGCAGAACUUCUUCAACCGCAUCUUCCAAGGGGGACCUCCCCCUGACAUGGCUGCCAAUGGGGGUUUCUUCCCCUCAGGACCGACCCCCCACCAGCCCUCUGGUGCUGGACCCGGACCUAGUGGACCUUUCUCCCCUCCACCACAGACUGGCUUCUUCAUGCCCCCGGGAGGGCUCCGACCGGAGCCCAGUGAGACGUGGGCCGAUAGCGGAGGCAAGCCUCCGCCCCGCAGGAGGCGGAAGGUCCGCAAGCCCUUCCAGAGGUCUUGGCGAAGACUGUGAAACUGUGUGUGUUCGUGUGAGAGGGGACAGGGCUGGAAGAAGCCAAUCAGAAUUUAUGAAUUCCUGGUUCGAACGGCUCAAGCUACAUCCUGGGAGAAGACGGUCUCCAGAGAGAGGGCUGGUCUGCCCGUUACUGCUUUGACACACCCAUCCUUCCGCCCAUUGCCUUCUUUGAUCAAUUGUUACCUGGUUAGAUUAUCAUUUGAGCAACUGAUUUUCUGCCAUUUUUAUUACUUUUAAUGAAGUUAGAGUGAACGUUUGCAUAGUUGUGACAUUUGUCACUAUUGGAAAGUAAGUUGGUGAGUGAAAGUUAUCUCUCUGCCAAAUGUAGAUAUCAACUCUGUCUAGAGUACAGUGAAUACUUUAAUCUGUCUCUCAACAAAUUGAAUCCCACGUAGAAGCACUAUGAUGAGGCGUCAAACUUAAGCAGGUUCACAUUAAAAUUAAGACUGUUAUAUUGUGAGAGUCAAGGACCUAGGCUAUUUACUGCUUUCAGUCUCUAAGUAUUGGUGUUAUUGUCUGGAAGGCAUCCUAUGGAUCAAGAAAAGGCUGGUUUCAGCUCCUAAUUGCAUCUCGGCACCCUUUAAAGAUUGGAGGUAACAAAGUUUCCAUUGAGAACACAAUGACUGUGCAGUGUAAAAGAUUAGUUAUCAGAGGCUACUCUUUGACAUUUACUUUCCAACUGUUUAAAGGUUGAUUGAAAGACAGGGGAGCUGAAUGUCAACAGUAACAGUUCUUUUACCACCACAUUUUAUUUCAAAGAAAAGCUACCACUGCCUUUGCUUUCACCCCACACCCAGACAAUAUACUCCAGAUUGAAGAGGGAUGGAGCGAACAGAAUUCAGAUCUCUAACAAUGUCUCUACUCAUUAUGGCAAAUCAUUGUUUUUCCUGUGGAGAUGGCGUAUUGGAAAUAAAUGUGGUAAAAUUGUCUAAUUCCUCUUAAAUGUUAAGAGGUCUGGGGCAAUAUGAAUCAAGCUUCUCAGAGCUGAUCUAGGAUCAGGCCUGUCCAUGAAAAGGCUAAACUGAUCCUAGAUCAGUGCUGCUAUUCUCAGACGCUUAAUGAAUACAGGCCCUGGUAUCAGUUCCAUUAGCCUCUUGUUGGUUGUACUUUUGAUUUGUCAUUCUGUGGAUGUUGGGAGAUUAAGUGGUACCUAGGGUCCCUUGUUGCACAUGUUUAUUUGCUCUCUUUACAGUGAAAAAAAUAAUGCAAUUGUCCACAUAAUUGGAGGUAUUAUAGGAGGUUUAAUUUAAUCUCAGUUUUAGGCUGAAUUGCUUGCGCUGUCAAUUAUGUUUUAGAUACCCUAGUUGACUUGAGAAUGUAUGGCUUAAGUAGCAGCCUAAAACGGCAAGUCAACUAACGGCUCCCAGCGUGGUAGAGCUGGGGGACCUGCUAAUCCCAGAUUCAUUUAAUUUUUCCCCAUUAUAUUUUUAAACAGUAUAUGCAAAACAAAGAUUGCAAAAAAUCUGACAAUCGGGGGUUAAAUGUGCAUUUAAAAAAAAUAUGUUUUGGGGGGGUAGGAAAGUGUGAGUUUAUUGCAAUUGUGAAACAUCACUGUUCAGUUGAUUUUAGCUUUUUUCUGGAUUUCAUAGUAAAGUUGAUUUCCUACAGCUGGAUGAAUGGACUUUCAUUGUUUUGUGAAUUACGUGGAUUGAAUUGUGUCUUAAAGUUACAACUCACAAGACAGGAGAAUGCUGUGUCAUUCCAAUGGAGCAGAAACCAAGGGACCUGCUAAUGGCCCUUCUGGAGCACACUCAUUCAUUUAGAAUUUACACUAGAUCCCACCCAUUUUUAUACACAAGUGGUGUGGUCCACAACACAACUUGCUGGUCCUAUAGGAUGGCUCUGUUUUUCUGAUGGAAGACCAAAGAGACACCCGGGACAGUAACAUUUAGGGCUGGAUUCAAUCCGUAUCACCUAAGUUCAGCGCAAUAGCGUGCUUGAAAUUGAAAGGUUAAUACCGACUGAGCCAACAUAUGCAGUGUUUACCGUGAAUGCAGUCUCCGUUAAUGCGGAAACAUUGCCUUUAAAAUGUAAAUUGGUGUACAACUUAGCUAUUCAGUGCUAUGGAGUGAAUCCAGCUCUUUGUAAUGACUACACCUUUGGACUACUGUUUCCCACUAGCCUCUGGGGUGUGUCAAUGAAGUGGUGCAGGUGAUGGUGGAAAAUAAUCUCCUCCACAGGUUGACUUCUAUUGAACAAACCUGAUCCCAUAACAGAGCAAAACCCUUGUGAACCUCAUGACCUGGUUUACCUGUUUUCUACAUUAGCUCCAGAAAGCCACUGGGCAUCGCUACGUGACAGUUCUUCCCCAUUCCCUCAAAGGAGUUAAUCCUUAAUUUACAGUAAACCAAAAAUGAAACAGGCACUUCAUGUCUUUUUCCUCCUCUGACCUGACUUAUCCGAAGUCAUACAGCUAGCGCUAUGGAAACAGUGUAGAACACACCUCUCUUCCAUAAAAGGCCUUUUCUGGGCCGCUGCAGAUUCCAGAAGCCAGCUUAUUUGAGUUUUCUCCGCUAUCACCUCACACACCAUUAGUGCUUCUGUCAAAAGGGAGACACUGGGAUAUUUACUAAACACCUCCCUCUCCCACAACUUCAACUGGGUCAUCAAGAGAUUCUCUGGUAGGUCCAGCAGAAAUCCUUAACAAAUUAAAAGGGUUAUUACCAUUAGCCAUAUUUUGGUAUGACAGACAAAAAUCAUGUUUUAUCUGUGCAGUGUGUGCUACUGUUUCCUGAACCAUGCCUGUUCCCAUUCAUACCUGUAUCUUUCAAUUCUGAUUAUCUUUCUUUGGGAUAAAUGGGAUACUUAAAACAGCA